CUGAGGAAAUUUUGAAGCGGUUUAUUUGAGGGCUGUGCUACACGUGCAACUUUACUGAAUUACUUGAUAUACGUUAUGAACACGGAAGUGGGUAGAUUAAAUGCGUACAAAGAAAAAACUAAAGUUGAUGGUGAAGAGCUAGUACUCAAUGUCUUUCCAAAACGUGUAUUUGAAAUGGAAGACAUAUUAGCGUCAGAUAUGUUUUUUCUAGAGGGAAAGUAUGUCCAUUCUGAUGUGAAUAUACCUUAUCCUAUUAAUCCACAUAAUUCGUUACCUCCUGGUGAUGAUAUGGAUUCUGGUUUAACCAAUGCUACAGAUAAACUAACCAAUGAUAAACAACAGUUUCCUAGUAAAGGUUCUUUUGUCUACGCCUUACCAAAUGGCUCUGUGUCAUAUAAUAAACAUAUCAAAGCUAUGAUAGAGAAAACUAAACCAUGUUUAACUCAACUUAUGAUUGAAGCUCAACUUGUUCGUUUAUGGGUUCAAUUUAAUAUACCACGAAUUGAAGAUGGAAAUAAUUUUGGUGUAGGAAUACAAGAAGAGAUUUUAGGUGAAGCAUCGGGUAUCGAGAGGGAUGCAUGUACUUUCUUGGAUCAAGUCACAAGGUUUGUUUAUAUUAUCUACUUUUUUAAUUCUCCCAUAUAUAUGUAAAGGGGUUUUCUGGAGAUUGGUUUAAUUUGUAGGUAGUAUUUGUUACAGAUUGAGUACAGUUGGGAUACAAGACAGCUGUUUCGUCCUAGUAUGGGCCCCUCAGUCGUGUGCACUCACAAACCCCCGAGAAUCAAACUCAAGACCUUCAGGCUUUGUGGCGAAUGUUCAACCAUUAGGACCACUGGGUCAACAUCCAGUGGUACAUUUCUAGCCUCAAUCAAUAUAUCAUAUAGCAUGACGAUUGUCUAAUGCUGUUGGUAACACCGUCAUUCCAGAUAUGUUUGAACCCCACUACUCACAAAUUCUCAUUAAACUCCGGGAAUGUUUUGAAAUAUUAUGCCUCAAGAGGGAAAUUAGUGGGUAAAGUAGCAAAAUAUCCUCAUAUUGAAGACUAUCGUGAAUGUAUCCGUGAUAUGGAUGAGAAACAAGCAAUAACAAUGCGAUAUAUUAUCAUGGAAAUUCGUAAUCACUAUGCCACCUUGCAUGAUAUAAUAAUAAAAAAUCUGGAUCGUAUAAAAAUGCCUCGUUCCAAUAAUGCGAUCAAUAUGUACUAAUUAACGAAACUCAGAUUUAGUUAUGUGUUUGCUCACAUUAUGAGAUUUUGAUUGUAUGUAAAUACAUACGUUUGAAACGUA